AUGCCGCACGACUCAAAUGAGGGAAAAAACAGGCCCAGUGUUGUCUUAUCGCUGUCAGCAGGCGCCAUCGCCGGAGCGCUAGCCAAAACGACGAUUGCGCCGUUGGACCGGACGAAAAUCUAUUUUCAAGUCUCAAGUACACGUGGAUACUCUUUUCGAUCAGCCAUCAAAUUUAUAAAACUUACCUAUCGAGAACAUGGAUUUUGGGCUCUUUAUCGUGGGAAUUCGGCUACAAUGGCUCGCGUGGUUCCGUAUGCUGCGAUGCAAUUCGCCGCUUUUGAACAGUAUAAAAAGUUAUUGAAAGUUGAUGAGAAUAAUAUCCGAACACCCGUGAAACGGUAUAUCACCGGAUCUCUUGCUGCAACGACGGCGACAAUGAUCACAUAUCCUCUUGAUACUGCGAAAGCUCGGCUAUCUGUAUCUUCUAAACUACAAUAUAGUUCACUUCGACAUGUAUUCGUAAAGACGUAUCGAGAAGGUGGUAUUCGGCUGCUUUAUCGAGGGAUUUACCCAACUAUUCUUGGUGUCAUUCCAUAUGCUGGAUCGUCAUUCUUCACAUAUGAAACCUUGAAAAUCAUGUAUCGAGAUAAUACAGGAAAAAUGGAAGGAUCAAUGUACCGAAUGGUGUUUGGAAUGUUAGCUGGCCUGAUAGGACAAUCAUCAUCGUAUCCGUUGGAUAUUGUAAGAAGAAGAAUGCAGACGGGGCGAAUCCCGAGUGGAUGGAGCCCUCUUCGAGCGCUUAUUCACAUUUAUCACACAGAGGGUCUGAAACGUGGAUUGUACAAAGGAUUGAGUAUGAAUUGGCUGAAAGGACCAAUCGCUGUCGGAGUAUCGUUUACAACAUAUGAGAAAGUCAUCGAACUUGUUGGCCACCUGAAGCGAUAA